GAAACCAGGUGAUGCUGGAGAGCAGCACCAGCUGUGGCUGCUCAUCUGGCAUGGUGAAGGUUGGUGACAGCUGUACCUGUCCUGUGGGCUUUACUUUGGAGGGAGCUGCAGAGUGUAAAGAUGUUGAUGAGUGUGAAGGAGAAGCGCCAGGACCAUGUGGUCUCCACGCCAGCUGCACUAACAUCGCUGGCUCUUACUCAUGUAGCUGUCUCCGUGGUUACCUGAUGGGUGCUGGAGGGUGCCAGGAUAUAGAUGAAUGUGCUCUGGCUGCAGUGACGGGCCUGCAGGCCUGCCAGGGUGACGCUGAAUGCAAGAACACCCCUGGUUCCUUCACCUGCUCGUGCCCUGUGGGAUAUGUAAUGGCCCUAAAUGGACAAAGCUGUGUAGAUGUGGAUGAGUGUAGCUUCGAGGAACAGUGUCGGCGUGAACUGGGAAAUGUGUGCGUGAACACCCCUGGAAGCUUUAUAUGCCGGUGCCAGCUGGGUUUCAGAGCGGAGGCCCCCGCCUGCGUUGGUCCUGUGUGUCCAGAUUACACCGUAUGUCAAGAUGUGGAUGAAUGUACGGAGAGUCCUGCGGUGUGUGAUGGUCAGGGUGUGUGUGAGAACACGCUUGGGAGCUAUAAGUGUGUUUGUCGGCCAGGUUACCGGGGAAACGGCACACACUGCGAAGAUGAGAAUGAGUGUGCAUCAGGUGGUCAUGGGUGUGAUACCAACGCACAGUGUGGCAACAUCAUUGGCUCAUAUUUCUGCCAAUGCUACCAGGGUUUCAAUGGAGAUGGACACUCUUGUUUUGACGUUGAUGAGUGUGCCAUGAACAACGGCCACUGCGAACACAACUGCACCAAUGAACCAGGAGGGUACAGCUGCCAGUGUGCCUCCGGAUACCAGCUGGACCAGGGUGGACACAACUGCACAGAUGUGGACGAGUGCUUAGCGCUGAAUGGGACCUGUGAGCAUAUUUGCGUCAACACUCUUGGAUCUUUCCAGUGCUCAUGCAGGCCCGGCUACCAGCUGCACAUCGAUGGCCACACCUGUGUGGACAUUGAUGAAUGUAAACUCCAGAAUGGCGCCUGCUCCCACACUUGCACCAACUUUCCAGGAGGACACACUUGCCACUGCCCUCCUCCUCUGCUUUUAGACAUGGACAACCUCACCUGUGGCAAUGUUACAUCUUGUAAGCUGAGGAAUGGCGGGUGCGACCACAUAUGCACUGUGAGGGCUGAGGGCCAAUUCCAGUGUGGCUGUCGGACAGGCUGGAAGCUGGGGGAGGACCUGAGGAGCUGCGUGGAUGUGAACGAGUGUGGGGACUUCAUGAACGGAGGCUGUGAGCAGCUCUGCGUGAACCAUCCUGGUGGGUUCAACUGCACCUGCAGGGAAGGGUAUGAAGUUCGAACCGAUGAUCUCACCAAGUGCCAGCCUGUGUGUGACCCUCCGUGUCAGAACUACGGAUUGUGUGUGGCCCCAAAUAGCUGUGACUGUCCUCCAGGAUACCCUGGUGUGGGCUGCUCAGCCAUGUGUUCUCCACCCUGUGCCCAUGGAGGUACCUGCAUGCGCUGGAACAAAUGUUUGUGUCCUCCUGGAUGGACCGGAGCAGGUUGCCACACAGCGGUGUGUGAGUUGCCCUGUGCUAACGGUGGUCGCUGUGUGGGGCCUGAUACCUGCCAGUGUCCCUCGGACUACACCGGCCACCAGUGUCUUUUGCCCCUGUGCACUCCUGCCUGUCAAAACGGGGGAAGAUGUGUGGAUGUCAACAAAUGCACAUGUGUUGGCGGAUGGCAAGGCGCUCGUUGCCAGAUAGAGCCUGUUCAGUGUCAGAAGCCUUGUAAGAAUGAUGGAGUGUGUGUUGGCCUCAACAGGUGCCGCUGCGCCAAAGGCUUCACUGGGAGCCUCUGUGAAACGGCGGUGACCACCCCUUGUGUGCCACCCUGCCAGCACGGAGCCACCUGUAGUCCUCACAACACCUGCACCUGUCCAGAGGGCACUGCAGGCCUGCGCUGUGAGAGACUGACGUGCCCUGUGGUCACCACGGUGGUCAGUAUGGCUCGAGCGGUGAGAAAGGCAUUUAGGGAGAGUUAUGUUGACCGCUGUGGACCCCUGGGAGUUCAGCUUUGCACUAAAUACAGGAUAAACCAGGCACGCGUCUACCUGCAGGCUUACAGGGUGGGCUACAAAAUCCAGUGUCCUGAGACGAAGGGCAGAUGAGCCAUGCUGUCUAAAAGCUCCUUGUCAUGAGGAAACUUCACGUACCAGACAACAGUUUGGGCAUCAGACAAGAAGUGAAAUGAGACAAGCCUCCAUUUUGACAUGAAAAGGGGACAUAAUUGUAUCAUAGAGGCUGUUUAUUUGGUUUGUGAUAUAUGUAGACAGUUAUCUCAGUUUUGUAUACAAUCAUAUCUUGUUUACAUUUCAUGAUAAAUUUUCCUUUUUAAAUCAAAUGUACAAUGAAUUCGUUAUUUGUAAUGUUUGUAUAUGGCAGCUGAAAGUUAAAACUGAUACUGUUACACUUAUUGUCUUUUUACAAAAUGAUCUCUGAUCUCUUGUUAAUGAUUGUCUAAUAAUGACAGAGAAAGGUCGUACUGAAAGAGUUCACUGAAUAUUCCCAAUAAAGAUAAACCGAUGCAAACACAUUCACACGUUUUUUACAAUGACGGCUUAGACUUCAAACUAGAAUUACUGUGUUGAUGCUGGGACAGGACCACCCCUAACAAAGCUUAUGUACUUAA